GGGCCGGGCCGAGCCGCGCCGGGCGGCGGGAGCUGCGCCGCGUCCGCACCGGGCCACGCCUGGGGCUGCGAGCGGGGCACCGGCACCGGCACCUCCCGGCCACGCCUGGGGCUGCGAGCGGGGCACCGGCACCGGAACCCGUACCGGGACCGGGAUCCCCGAGCCACGCCUGGGCUGCGAGCGGGGCACCGGCACCAGUACCGGGACCGGGGCUCGCUCAGGGAUCCGGAUUUGCGCUCCCGGGCCACGCUUGGGGCCGCUGCGAGCCGGACACCGGCAGCGGGACCGGGACCGGGACUUCCGAGCCACGCGUGGGGCUGCGAGCCGGACACCGGCCCCGGGAGCCGCUCCCGCGCCGGGACAGCCAGCCGCUCCUCUCCACGCCGUGCCCACCCCGACCAGGUGUCCCCAUGGAGUGACCCUGCAGCUGUGCCAGCCCGUGGGGACGCUGGCUGCCACCGCCGCCAGCAUGAGCGACUUCUGGCACAAGCUGGGCUGCUGCGUCGUGGAGAAGCCCCAGCCCAAGAAGAGGAGGAGACGGAUCGACCGCUCCAUGAUCGGGGAGCCCAUGAACUUCGUGCACCUGACGCACAUCGGCUCCGGAGACAUGGCUGCGGGAGAGGGGCUGCCCAUGACUGGUGCUGUCCAGGAGAUGAGGUCCAAGGGCGGCCGGGAGCGACAGUGGAGCAACUCCCGAGUGUUGUAGCGUAUUCCUGGCUUUUUCAGCCCAAACUUGAACUGCCUGAUCCCCCCCCCGCUGGAGGAGAAGCCUUCCUGGAGUGCUUUAACCCCGCGGUAUUUAUGCAGCACCAUCCUCACCCAGCAGCUCCCGGUGACUCUGGGGCUUCAUCCCUCUGGAAAAUCCCUCCUUGCUGGUGACAUGGGGAGGGAGCCCCCAUCUCCUGCCCCACCUGGAAAGGACACAGCCGCCCCCCUGAGACGUGCCAGGAGCUGCCAGGCGCAGCCCACGUGUCCCAAAUCCUCCCAGGUCUCCCUUUUCCCACUCCCGUGUCUCCCGUGGUGGUGCCUCAGUUUCCCCAUGGAACCAGUCAUGGUGCAGAGGCAGCUUUGAUGCCUCCCAGAACAUCACAGAGGAGCAAAACCAGGAUUCAGCCCCAAUAUUCUGGUGCCAAACCAGAGUUAAACCCAAGGUGUUCUGGUGUCAGACCAGGACUGGGUGUCAAACUGGGAUUAAACCCCAAUUCUUAGGAGCAGAACUGGGAUUAAACCCCAAUUUUCAGGAGCAGAAGUGGGAUUAAACCCCGAUAUUCUGGUGCCAAACCAGUUAAACCCAAGGUGUUCUGGUAUCAAACCAGGAUUGGAUGUCAAACUGGGAUUAAACCCCAAUUCUUAGGAGCAGAACUGGGAUUAAACCCCAAUUCUUUGGAGCAGAACUGGGAUUAAACCCCAAUUCUUUGGAGCAGAACUGGGAUUAAACCCCAAUUUUCCGGAGCAGAACUGGGAUUAAACCCCGAUUCUUUGGAGCAGAACUGGGAUUAAACCCCAAUUCUUUGGAGCAGAACUGGGAUUAAACCCCGCUGCUUUGGUGCCAAACCAGGAUCCAACCCCAAUGCUCGGCUGUGUCCGAGCCCACAGUGCCUCCAGCUGGCAUUCCACCGCCGCCAAACCCCCGCCCCCCUCCUUUUUUUAGGAUCUGUUCCUAUUUUUAAGCUCCCAAACCCACCUGAGCAGCCUCUGUGGCCUCGGGCAGGACCGUGGUGGGGUCCCCUCCUCCACCCGGGAUUGUCCCCAGGCCGGACAGGGCCUGACCCGAGAAGGGCUCUGGAAUUAGGUGCGGGUGUACAUAGUUUAAUUAGUGCCAGGAUUAAAUAUUAAUUAGCACGUGCUGGGUGACAGAGCCUUUCCCCUGCCCUUUUGUCUGGUGGGAGCUGGGAUUUUCUAGCCCCGUGUCGUGCUCGGGGGUCAGGGUUUUUGGGAAAAAAACAUUCCACCCUUGAAAUAAAUGCCUUGUGCUGGUCCAAGGGGUGGGUGCAGGAGCUGCCCCAGGCUCCUCGCUCCCUCCUCUGCUCCUGGAGCAGCCAAAUCCACUGGGAAAAGCUGAAAUUCACGACUUUUUAUGGCACAACCAGUUUCCUCCCGGCCGGGCUGGACUCGGGAGUGUGGCUGCACUGACACCCCCUCCUUGGACACCCCAAAAUGUUCCUCUGACCCACUGUAGAGGGGAUUGCACCCCAGGGAAAGAGGGGGUGCCACCCCCAGCUCGAGUGGGGCAGCACCCCAUCCCAGAAUAAAAGCCAAGAGCCAAAACUGGAA